AUGUUUAUAAGACCAACCACACGCAUUAAUGAAGAGAAAUUCUGUGAGGUAUAUAAAAAGUUAGAUAAAAGAUUUAAUGAUACAUUAGAUUAUAAUUCUGCAGUAAAAAUGGUUUAUAUAAACUCAGAAGAGUAUAAAGCAUACGAUAUACUAAAAAGAUCACUUACAUUUAUGAACUAUCAUGAGCAAUUAGACAUUACAACAGAAGUAAUUGAAAAUAAUCCUAAUUCAUUAUGUGCAUGGGAAUACCGGAUGUACCUUAUAAAGAAUAAAAAAAUAGUCAAAAAAGGGAAAGAUGAGAAAGACAAGAAUGAAGGAAAAGCAAGUAAAGAUAAGAAGGAUGUGAAAGACAGUAAAGAUAGUAAAGAUAAGAAUGAUGAUGUGAAAGACAGUAAUGAUGAGGAAGACAGUAAUGAUAAGAAUGAAGUGAAGAAUGAAAAAGCAUGGAAGGGAUAA